GCGGGGAGUGUUGCAGAUAAAUGCGUUCUACGCUACAAUGGGAGAGGAAUCGGUCAUCUUCGUGUUUGUCCUCUUGAUGGUCAUAUUCUCCGGUUUCUCCGCCAUCGCAUCCCUCGUCUUGAUCAUCGGCCUUUGUACAGAUAAUCGCCUCUUGCUGCUUCCGUGGAUAGCCUGUGUGUCAAUCACAACCAUCCUGGAUGUUGCACUGUCUUUCUACUUUCUCGCAGACGCGCUGAGUGACCUGGUGACUAUUAUCUUCUGCAUUGUGGACUACACCAUUUGUGCAUUAAACAUCUAUUGUUUGUUGUGCGUCGUCUCCCAGUACCAAGAGUACCUUGCAGGAAGAGGGCGCUCUCACACCGUGGCGGCUGUGCAGGACCGAGCGGCCGUGCGCUACCGACAGGGCGACAAGGUACACACGGACGAGCACCGCCACAACGGUCCGACCUCCUCGCUACUGCUCACCGUCCCGACGGUGUCCGCUUCGACGGGAGGCCCCCGAAUGUCGACGGACAUGAGCUCUAUCUCGGAGGACGUCUUCAGUUCUCGCCGGAUGAGCACGGAGAACACCAGCGCCGACAUGGAACCGUGUCCCACAGCCACCCUCAUCAAGAUCAAAACUCCUCCCUGAAUGGCUCCCAUCUUCUCGUUGCCCCAUGCUGUGAAUUAUGUCCGCA